CCGCGUCGGGCCCGGACCGAGCGGGACGCGCUACCCGGGCCUGCACCAUCCGCCGCGGGCGGCGCGAGAAGCGCGAGUGCGGCCCAGGCCCGCGGAGGUAUCGCGAGAGUCGCCCGGCGAGGACCGGGAGGAGGGGCGGGACCGCGCGGCGCGAGGGGGCCGCCCCCGCUCCCCCGUGCCUCCGGCACCCACCGAGCUCAACAUGGACCCGGCCUCCGGCCCUAGCGAGGAGCCCCGAGCCUCCACAUCCUCCGCCACGGCCGCCGCGCAGGAUCCCGGUGCUGAGGAGAAAAAUGAUCCCCCGUUUCACCUUAAACUUCCUCCAAAGGCUGCUAGACCUGAAAAAGAAGUUGACCCAGAAUAUGAAGAGAAGAUGAAAGCAGAUCGAGCAAAAAGGUUUGAAUUCCUCCUGAAGCAGACAGAGCUUUUUGCACAUUUUAUUCAACCUGCAGCACAAAAAUCACCAACGUCUCCACUGAAAGUCAAGCUGGGACGGCCACGGAUGAAGAAAGAUGAAAAACAGAGUUUGAUUUCAGCUGGGGAGUACCGCCACAGGCGCACGGAGCAGGAGGAAGAUGAAGAGCUCUUGUCUGAGAGUCGGAAAACGUCCAACGUGUGUAUUCGGUUUGAGGAGUCUCCUUCAUAUGUGAAAGGAGGAACACUAAGAGAUUAUCAGGUUAGAGGUUUGAACUGGAUGAUCUCACUGUAUGAAAACGGAGUUAAUGGUAUUCUGGCAGAUGAAAUGGGGCUUGGUAAGACUCUGCAAACAAUAGCUUUAUUAGGCUAUCUGAAGCAUUACCGAAACAUUCCUGGGCCACAUAUGGUCCUGGUUCCAAAAUCAACUUUGCAUAACUGGAUGAAUGAAUUCAAGCGCUGGGUUCCGUCCUUACGUGCUGUUUGCCUUAUUGGAGAUAAAGAUGCCAGAGCUGCAUUUAUCCGUGAUGUUAUGAUGCCUGGUGAAUGGGAUGUUUGUGUUACAUCAUAUGAAAUGAUAAUUAAAGAGAAAUCAGUUUUCAAGAAAUUUAACUGGAGGUACCUGGUAAUUGAUGAAGCCCACAGAAUAAAGAAUGAGAAGUCUAAGCUGUCAGAGAUUGUACGUGAAUUCAAGACAACAAAUCGAUUGCUGCUUACAGGAACUCCUUUACAGAAUAACCUCCAUGAGUUGUGGGCAUUACUCAAUUUCCUUUUACCUGAUGUCUUCAAUUCUGCAGAUGAUUUUGACUCAUGGUUUGACACCAAAAAUUGUCUUGGUGAUCAGAAACUUGUAGAGAGACUUCAUGCUGUGUUGAAGCCAUUUCUCUUACGUCGUAUAAAAGGUGAAGUAGAAAAGAGUUUGCCUCCAAAGAAGGAAGUAAAAAUUUAUCUUGGGCUCAGCAAAAUGCAGAGAGAAUGGUAUACCAGGAUCCUGAUGAAAGAUAUUGAUAUCCUGAAUUCAGCUGGCAAAAUGGAUAAGAUGCGUCUGCUGAAUAUUCUGAUGCAGCUGCGGAAGUGCUGUAACCAUCCUUACCUGUUUGAUGGUGCUGAGCCAGGCCCGCCUUACACCACUGACACUCAUCUCAUCACCAAUAGUGGUAAAAUGUUAGUCCUGGAUAAACUGCUGGCAAAACUCAGAGAACAGGGUUCCAGAGUUCUGCUGUUCAGUCAGAUGACUCGGUUGCUGGAUAUUUUGGAAGACUAUUGCAUGUGGCGUGGUUAUGAGUACUGCAGACUUGAUGGGCAGACACCACAUGAGGAAAGAGAGGAAGCAAUUGACACAUUUAAUGCUCCCAACAGCAGUAAAUUCAUUUUCAUGCUGAGUACCAGAGCUGGAGGUCUUGGAAUUAAUUUGGCAACUGCUGAUGUCGUUAUUCUUUAUGAUUCAGAUUGGAACCCUCAAGUAGAUCUGCAAGCCAUGGAUCGUGCGCAUCGUAUUGGUCAAAAGAAACCAGUACGGGUGUUCCGACUUAUCACUGAUAAUACUGUUGAAGAGAGGAUUGUAGAAAGAGCUGAAAUAAAACUGAGACUGGACUCUAUAGUUAUACAACAAGGAAGGCUCAUAGACCAACAGUCCAACAAACUGGCAAAAGAUGAAAUGCUGCAGAUGAUCCGGCACGGAGCCACGCAUGUUUUUGCUUCCAAAGAUAGUGAGCUGACAGAAGAAGAUAUAACCACUAUUUUAGAAAGAGGUGAAAAGAAGACAGCUGAAAUGAAUGAACGAUUACAGAAAAUGGGAGAGAGCUCCCUACGAAAUUUCACUAUGGACACAGAGAUGAGCUUAUACAACUUUGAAGGUGAAGAUUACAGAGAAAAACAAAAGCUGAGCAUGAUGGAAUGGAUUGAGCCUCCAAAAAGAGAACGUAAAGCCAAUUAUGCAGUGGAUGCUUAUUUCAGAGAAGCCCUACGUGUCAGUGAACCAAAAGUCCCAAAGGCUCCACGACCUCCAAAACAACCAAAUAUUCAGGAUUUUCAGUUUUUCCCACCACGGUUAUUUGAACUCCUUGAAAAAGAAAUUCUGUAUUACCGUAAAACUAUAGGAUAUAAGAUCCCCAGGAAUCCUGACCUUCCAAAUGCAGCCCAGAUACAAAAGGAGGAACAAAAGAAGAUAGAUGAGUCUAUGCCUCUGAAUACUGAGGAAAGUGAAGAGAAAGAAAAGCUUCUGACACAGGGUUUUACAAAUUGGAAUAAAAGAGAUUUUAACCAGUUUAUUAAAGCUAAUGAGAAAUAUGGUCGUGAUGAUAUAGACAAUAUUGCCCGUGAGGUGGAAGGAAAGUCACCAGAGGAAGUCAUUGAGUACUCAGCUGUUUUCUGGGAACGUUGUAAUGAACUACAGGACAUUGAGAGGAUUAUGGCUCAAAUUGAACGAGGAGAGGCAAGAAUUCAGCGGAGAAUCAGUAUCAAGAAAGCCCUUGAUGCCAAAAUUGCAAGGUACAAAGCACCUUUUCAUCAGCUACGUAUUCAGUAUGGAACAAACAAAGGGAAAAACUACACAGAAGAGGAAGACAGAUUUUUGAUCUGUAUGUUACACAAGAUGGGCUUUGACAAGGAAAAUGUGUAUGAAGAGCUGAGGCAGUGUGUGCGCAAUGCUCCUCAGUUCAGGUUCGACUGGUUUAUCAAAUCCAGAACUGCAAUGAUGCUUUGGAGCAGUAGUCCAUCUGGAAAGUCUAACCAUGAACCUGAACACUUUAUAAAUGAGUUUCAGAGGCGCUGCAAUACUCUCAUAUCAUUAAUAGAAAAAGAAAAUAUGGAAAUUGAGGAAAAAGAAAGAGCUGAAAAGAAGAAAAGAGGAGCAAAAGUUACAGCACUCUCCUAGAUUUGCUUAGUCACAGAAGAGAAAAGCAGAUUUGGCUGCUGAAAACUCUGGAAAAAAAGAUGCUAAGAAAAUGAAGUCAUGAACCUGAAAACUGAAUGCUAAAUAUUAAACUGCCACGUUCUUCACUCCAUCUAUGUAUAUUAAUUGGCAACUUCUUUGUAUUCAUGGUACUCUUCCCCAAGUCCCAUGCUUUAAUUUUGCAAAUUUUGUAUCCUUUACAAUGCCUUUCUUUACCUAAAAUGUGUAGCUUUAUAUCUUAUGCAUUCCAGUAUUUUUGUGUACUGUAUUUUGUGAGUUUCAUGUCUUUGGCAAAAUUCACUCAGUUCUUGGUUUUCUGAAGCUUGUGCUGAGGUUUUAGCUUUUAUAUGUUUUAUAAGCUGCUGCUUUGAAAGAAAACCUAGAUUCUAUAGCUGUAUUGUUGUUGUUUCAUAUUUUAAAUUUAUAUUGUUGUUGGAAAAUAAACGGACUUAAUUAUUUGAAGAGAAAUAUACUUCACCUUUGUUUUCCCUAUCCUCACUCCCUUUUUUGCAUAGCUCCAUUUAGAGAGAAUGUUAAAGUCUGUAUAAUUGUGCCUUCAUCAUCAAUCAGAUUUUUUUCAGAGGAGCACCUAGACAGGACCAGGAGCAUGACAGAGCAAAACCUAGACUGACAACCUUGUUUGCUCUCUGCAUUAAAUGGACGUUUUCUCUGAAAUUUUCAGAAGGAAAACCAGCAAAUACACACUUCUUGUUUUUCUUAAUCAAUGAUUUCUGCUGGGCUACAUGCUUAAACACAGAGUGAGGUUUUUCUCAGAAUGGCCUGCAGAUGAAAGCUUUUCUAUGACUCAUAAAAGGAAGUAGUUCACAGCUUCUGGUUGUUUAAGUAGCAAACAAAGUAAUUCACUUUCUGGUUGGUAGGUUCCUCAGCUCUGCUGCCUUGUGCUGAAUGAUCUUUGUUGCUCUAAUUAUCUCUGCUAAAGUUCUUUUACCUUUAAUUCAACGUGUCAGUCAGAAGCAAUGGGGAUAUGUUAUGGAGUGCUCUUUUUUAGUGUUUCUAUUUUAAUGAAGGGAUGAAAGUGUUGGAUGUAUGAUUUUUGACUUUGCAAGAAUGGCCUUUAUUAAGCAGGUUCACAGUUCCUGCUCAUUUCGGAGUCUGCCUUUCCUGGAUCAGUAGAACAGUGGCUGUGACAUCUGAUGUUUUACUUUAAUGUUCUGUCUCUGAUCUGGUGUUUUGUACAGACCUUGCUAUAGUGAAACAUACCCUCAUAAUGUCAGGUCUAGAUUAAUGCAGUGCGCUUUACAUGGUACUUUCCUUGAAGACUACUUGUCAACUUCUUCUAGUGCAGUUUGCUUCCUUCAGUGGUUUGAGGUGUUUUGAAAUCAAGAAACCUCUUUACUCUUUUUUGUGCUUUGCAUUGGCUAACUUCUUCUGUGUUUGUAAAAUAUAGGACUUUAUAAAAUAAAGGUCUUGAGCUUUGCCCGUAUUCUUCUAUGUCAUUUUAGAUAUAUUGGUAUAUCUUUGAAGUUUUUUGGGAUUAGUAUCUCUUAAGUUUGAUGUGGAAUUUCUGGCUUUUUUUGUAGUGUCUGUUAAAGGUUUGGGGCAAAAUGGGUGUGAUGAUUGGUUGAGCAUUUCAAAAGAUAAUUCAAAAGAUUAGGUUAUGUAUUUUGGAGUGUAACUUUUGGCCAGGAACUACAUUAAUUAUUUCACUGGGCUUAUAUUUUUAAGACUUGAUAUUUGUUCAUCUGAUGAGUAGAGAGGUGCAUCUGAUAAUGACAGGGCACAGAUUCCAGGCAGGAGAUUGGUCUUAGGAGUCAGAGCAUGCUUUUAAAUGACUGCAACCCAGGUGGGAUUGGUGUGCUCAGGAAAGAAGCAUGUCUCCUCAGAAUGUAGUUCUGGUAUUGGAGCAGUUAACAUCCUGCUUUAUUCUUGGGAGGAGGACAUCCCAUGUAAUUGUGGAGAAAGGCUGUGAAGCUACAUGCACAUAUAACCACAAAUCCCUGGAGCAUUGCUAUUAAUAGAGAGAGGAAGAUGCCUUAUUUUCAUUUGCAUUUUGGCUCAUCAGCCACUCACUAAGUUUAUGGCCUGAAAUGAUAAAAACAUGUUAAAAGAGAUGAGAAGUAAAGGCUGAAAGAGCCAGUUGAAAUGUUUAUGGAAUUACGUGGCUAGGUCUAGAGCUUAUUCUAUUGCUCCUAUUUAGCAUUGGAUGAAUAUUUUAAGUCUUGAAAUAAGUGUUUUCUGGUUUUGUUUAUUGUAGAUUAACUUUGUUUGACUUGCAUGGUUUUGUGCAUCCAGUUUUUCUGUGUUGCAAAGUGUAUGGAAAGUCUUAAAAUGGUAAUAUCUCAACAUGUUCUUUUAUGCAGAUUUCUUGGUUUGAGUUACCACUUGAGUUACUGUUCAUUCAUCUCAAUGGCAUGAUACACAAACCAUAUAGCUAAAGAUAAUGCAAUUGUUCUUUCAGAUCUUAUCCCUUGAUCAGACAGCUUCUCUGAAGAAUGAUAGAUUCUCCCAGGAACUAUCUGUUACCUCUUGCAGUCUGUAGUCCCUAGUUAAACUGAAUGUGCUGUUGAACAAGAGUCCUUGAGAGCAUUUGAACACUAUAAACCAGUUCCUAGGGGAUUGAGCCUUCCUAUCCAUCAUGUGAUAACUAAAGAAAAUUGCCAACAGCUGCUGGACAGGAUUAAAGGAAAAUGGAUCUUUCUUUUCCCUUUUUCAUUCUUUCAGCUGCAGAUAUCAACACAGUGUGUGCCUAGCAGUAUCUUAAAUUAUAUGCUGCUGUGACUCAAAAUUAGGUGACAGAAAUGAAAGAAUCUUCCUAUUUUUAACUGCUGAUUUCUUAGGCAAGGAAUACUGUUCAUAAGAAAUUUGUAAGCACUGAAUGUUAUGCGAUAGAAAACUUACGAAAAAUUUGGGCCUUUAGGCAAUUUUAGAGUUGCCAAAAAUGCUGCAAGAUAAAACAUUUUGAAAAUUAAUUUAGUUUCUUUUCAGCGGACAAGUUAAAUUUGAUUGUGUAAACAUCAGGCUUGAAGAAAGUCACCUAGCACCUUUGACUCACCAGGCAGUUGCAUAUAACGUCCUGGGAGAGGUCACAGUAAUUGUGUUGGUUACCUUUUCACAUUUUCAUAAUUUCUGACUUACUAGUUCUUUUAUUUUUGAGUUAUGUUAGUGAUGACACCAAAAAAGUAAUGCUGCUAACCACCUUCAUGGUAUGUAAUUUUACUUUGUUAUAAUGACACAGAAGAAAUUAACUUUCUUCUUGCUGGUAAUAUUAGACCAUCUUUAGAUGUUGGUUUGCAUAAGUGGUGUUACUAUACUAAAAUAUUAAUUAAUAAUUUUUUUCUAGUAGAUUAGCUUUGCUUGUUUGAUUUAGUGCUGAUGCUUGUAAGAGGUUAAGAAAAAAGCAGCUGUCACUCUUUGAGAUGAUGAGCAAGGAGUACAGUAUGCAGAAAUUAAUCAGCAUCUCUCUAAGUGUCUGAUGGUGAUGCCAAGCUAAUUUUUGCUUUUAUAUAUCCUUCAUAUAGCUACAAAACUACAAAUAUAUAUACAAAAAUUAGCUUGGCAUCAAUAGAAAUAAUGUUGUUGUGCAGUGCCUGCAGUUCCUGCUGUGUGCAGCUGUGUUACAGGCAUUCUCUGUACCAUGCCUCCUGCCCACGUUCAGUAGAGGGAUUAAGUACAUUCAGUGAGGAGAAAUUAAUGCUGAAGCGUUACAGGUUGAAAAAAGGGGGAAUUUUGCAGUCAAUAUUAGUUUAUGUGAAUACAAAAUGAUGAGGUUGAUGCACACAUUGGCACCUGUGAUGCUGGAAGGGAUUGAUUCCAACUGUAGUUCUGAUCUGACUGAAGAGAGGUUGACAUUUGUUACAUUUUAAUUAACUUUGUCUGGUCCACACACUUAAUUUCAAGCAUGUAUGUAAAUGUGUUGGUGGCUCAUAGUUCUAAUGUUUGUUAUGUUCUUUUUCUGAAAGACUUAAAGUUGAACUUAGUUUGCAUAUUUUGAAAUGUAAUGUACUCUUGAACUGCAUUUGCAUGGUAUCCAUCCUUUCAUGAGAGCCUUAAUAGGAGUAAUAUUUGCUGCCUCAAAGGUAUGUUGGUGUCGUGUUCAGUCGUGUUGUUCAAGAUAACUUCUGAAAUUUUUCAAUCUAGGAUUUGUUUCUUAAGUUGUACAUAUAUGAAAAUAAAAGUUAAUAUGAACCUGA